UUAGGCGCAGGCUACCCCUUGUUAGCGUGAGAGCUGCAGGUUGAGCGUCUUGGUUGCAGAUGAGCAGAGAGAAAACAUUGAAGGGAGAGAGAAAGAAAGAAGGGGGGCUAGCGGAGAAGCCUUUGGCAGGCGAAUUAUGCAUGCACUAGGGGAGCGCUGAGAGAAUGGCUGUGGAAGGAUGCUCGUAAAACGUUGUGGCAGCAUAAGAGGAAGGCAGUGGAUCUGCACCCUGUGGAAUACAGUCACCAAAAGGACUUGCAUGGAUCUGGUAUUUAGAUUAUGGGCUUUUUGUGGCUGUGAUUCUAAGUCCUUCCUUCCUGUGAACCAGAGCUAUGAGUUGAGGGCUAGUACAAAGCAUCUGUUACUUACAUUAGCGGGCACUUACUCAUGCAGCCAGUGGUACUGACUUCAGUUGGAUACUUGGCUAUCCAUUGCAAUCUGAAUCCCAAUGGCAUUGAUCGUCCUGUCCACACAGAAGAUAUUAACCUAUCAUUUGAAGGUGAAAGUGUUGAGUUGCCCUCGCUGAAGAGUGAUAUUCCUCAGAAGGUGCUCGAACCUAAAGAGACACCCAAGAGACACCAGGUGGAACCAGAAACCUCUAAGUCUGGUACUGUGAAACUGACAAAACCAGUAGCUCUGUGGACUCAGCAGGAUGUCUGCAAGUGGUUGAAGAAACACUGCCCUAAUCAGUAUCAAAUCUACAGUGAGUCAUUCAAACAGCAUGACAUAACGGUGCACUUUUCUACAUUUAAGGAGAAUGCCUGUCUGCAGGGCAGCUGCAAUUACAUGAAGCAGAAUGUUACAGCUAGACUCUUGCUGUGCUCUCAGAGAAACAUUAAUUUUGUUCUCACUUGUUUUGUUUCCCUUAAUCUAUUAAAAACGUCAUUGAGACUGCAAGUAAACCAUCACUAGAGGUAUGGAAAAUAUAACACCUACAAAUUCAUUUUUUACUGUUCAUUCUGUAGUAGGUACAUUUUCAAUGUAUUGUAAAUAGUGCUAGUAGACUCUUGCGCGCACACACAAAAAUCCUAAAAGAUGCACACUAUCCAUGUGUCUCUAUAGUGGGAGAAAAUUGUAGGAUAAUUGUAGGUUGUCACUGGAGAAAUAAGAUGUGGUCACAUCACUAUAGCCCGUAUCAUAAUGCACAUGCACAAAGGAUAGAGUUCAGGUUGUUCGUGAAAGCUUAACAUUGGUGUUCUUGACUCCUAAGAACUAAAUAGUGCAACUGUAUCACUUCUUUGCACAUGCUAUGUAAUGAUUAUUGGGUCGCAAGCUGAUGAGGACAGACAUUUUGAGGUGGUGGUAUUUUGAAAAGAAAACCUCUGGGAUAUGUAUGUCUGCUGGCUAAGGAAUGUAGGUUAUAAAACUACCCCAUUAAAAAUGUAGUUGAAAAUGUCAUAAAGUGUUUCAAUAUCAUAAAUAUUUGGACAUUAAUAAACUGGCAUCUGUUUGUCAAUGAGUGUAUACUUGCAUUUUGUUUGUGCACUUUUAAGAAGUUCCCCUCAAAUGUUGUCCUAAUGGUAGCCUAUAGUGAUGAUUAAGGCCUUACCAAAUUCACAGCCAUGCAAAACAUAUCAUGGACUAUGAAAUCUGGUGUCUCCCGUGAAAUCUGUCCUCUUGUAUGUUUGUUUUUACCCUAAUCUAUAUAGACUUCAUCUGGGACAACAGUAUUUCUCAAAUUGGGGGGUCCUGACCCAAAAAGGAGUUUCAGGGGCAAUCCUGAGGUUACGUUAGGAGGGUCAGGGUAUAAAUGCAAUGUAUGGUUAUAUUGUAAUCCCUGUUUUCUUAAUGAACUCAUUUAUAUUAAAUAAAGUAUUUAAUUUUAUUUCCUGCGUCAUUCACAGUCUUCCAUUGAUUUAAACUAUCUCUAACCAGCCUGGAGGCUUGGAUUUGUAAAGAAUUCAGUUUGGUUUUAUUCCUUAUUUUUAAAAUACUAAGUGAGGCACACAAAUCAAUGGUUACAUAAGUUAACUUAAUGAUCACACUGGGCUUUGUUUAUUAGUAGAUUACUAGAAAUGAGUUAAAUUCUGACCUUCACAGUGUAUCUGAAAUAAACUAUCCUGACCACUCUUUAUUGUGCUUAAGCUGAUGGACUCCUGGCUUUCAUUUCACUGUUGGAUAAAGAAUGCUUUGACUCUGUACCAGAUAGGUAUGAGAACUGCCUUUUUGUUUAUCCAGUUCCCUUAUCAGAGAUAUUGUUAGUUGUCAGUAAACCAUCAGUUGGAGUAUCUGAGCAUUUGCUACUUGUUCUUGAAUUCCAGAUGUCAGAAGAGGUAAUUUAGGUUGAGAGUACAUGUAAACAAUUCCUUCUCUUUCUCAGAAAUCUCACAAGAACCAAAAUUUAAAAAAAAAGAGGAGGAAAAGGGAAAAGAUGGUUCUUUUUAUCCCAUCUGAACACCAGAGUGAAUUGUUUGGUAAAGAACAAGUAUUUACAUAUCUUUUUUGUGAGCAAACUCUUAGUAAGCAACACCAACUACAUCAUGCACUGGCUACUUCUGACUUUGGAAAAAUGGGUUAGGAAUGGUUACACCAGUUUGAUCUCCCAUCUGGCAGGAAAAGAGUCAGGUGCAGGUUGAACCCUCUCUAGUCCAGCACCCAUGGGACCUGACUGGUGCUGAACCAGAGAAUUUGCCAUAUCAUGGGAGGUCAUCUGUUAAGCAUCAUUACCAACACUUCAACUGCUUACUGGGCUCUUAGAAGACA